AUGAGCAAAGUCAAUGUUUACCACUACCCACAGAGAUCAUUUACUCCGAGCCCAACGCUGAAAAGUCCUCAAAAAACCGCAUCAUAUGAAUUAAACCGUGCCAUACCAGCCUCUUCAGAAACUUAUCGUUCGAAUCAUAUACGAAACUCCUCAGAUGGAGGCGAUCUUCUUCAUUAUUUAAGACAGCCAUCAGAAAAUGAAAAAAUUCUAACUUUCUCCAAAUAAAAAAUUAUUUAUUUAAAAAUUAUAUCGUUACUUGCAGAUUUUUGAACUUUACCACCUAAGUGUGGAAUCUUUUCCGCGUGUGAAAAGGUGUUUUUCACGUGUGGAGCCCUUUUGAUUUCACAUGUGGAAUCCUCUUUUCACACGCGGAAAAAAUUCCACACUUAGGUGGUAAAGUUCAAAAAUCUGCAAAUAACGAUAAUAGAAAAUUGCCCUAUUUUUAUUAUUACUCGGUAAGAGCUGAAACCUUACUAAAAGAGAUCUACAAUAAAGAAGAAAAGGUCUAUUCUCCAGAAAAAUCCAGUAGCAAGUCAAACUCUCCGAAUCGAGCAGCAACGCAACCCCCAUUUGCGACUUUUCAAGAAUUUAAAGAAGACCCAAUUGAUAUCAAUAAGCUAUAUGAGCAAGUAAAAACUAAGGCAAGCUACCAAGGAUCUAAAUUCAAUAAUCCAGUAUCGAAAUCAUAUGAUAACGGCCAAAUGAUAAUUUAUUCCAAGUCCUUGCCUAACUCCCCCCCUCCGUGAGUGAACAAAACCAUUAGAAAAAAUCCCUAUUUUUUGCCCAAAAACCCACCCUCCGUGAGUGAACAAAAAUUUUUUUAAUAAAAAAAUGUUUUACUGAAAAAAAUUUUGAUAUAUAAAUGAUAAUUAGUAUAAUGAAAUCUAGAGCUAAUUUCUGUUAAUUUUUAAACGAAUUGGUUUUUAAUACAUAAAUUUUAUAAAUUAAAUUAAUAUUUGCUUUCCAAUUUUUGCGAAUUAGGAUUUUUUUAAAUUUCGAAAAAAAAUAUUUUUUAUAAAAAUUUAUAUAUAAAUUUUUUUUAAAAAAAAAAAAUUAACCCCUCUCCGUGAGUGAACAAAAUUUUUUUGUUCACUCACGGAGGGGGGGAGGAAGGAUAAGUCAUUUGACCCUAUCCGUGGAAUUACCAAAAAUUAUAUUAUUGACAGGACCACUCUUAGAUCAGAAUUUGAGCUAAAAAAUGACUCUUCGCCUAUAAGAGAUAAACAGAUGAAAAGAGGACUAUUUAACCCGAUCACAGGAAAAUCAGAGAAUUUUACGAAUAGGUCGUUUACUUAUGGAGAAGGCGGAUCGUCACCAGUGAAAGCUCUUUCUUCAAUGAGAUUCAAUAAUGUCUCCAAAACAAUCCCAUACAAUUUUCUCUAAUUAAAUAAUAUAAAAUUCUUAUUAAAAAUAGCUGUAUAUUCUUAUAAAAAAGCAUAAAACCUUUUGCUAGUUUCCAAAACGGCUCGAGAAAUGCUGGCUUUGACUCAAAUUCAAUCAUUAAGUUACUUAAUGGGAGAAAGGUCUUGAAAGGUAUGGGCUACCAACAGUCUAAUGUCUUUUAA